CUCGACAAUUGACAACUCAGACAGGAUGUCAAAACUUAACAAUUGACAACUCAGACAGGAUGUCAAAAAGAAAAGAAAGUUCUAAAAUUUUGUCUAGCUCAGAGGAUCUGGAUUGCAAGGAAUCAAAGGAUAAUCUAGCCAAAGGGUUUCAGCUGAAAAAUCCUCCAAGAUUAAAAAAAUAUCAACUUCAGCUUCAUGAUGAAAUUAAAAGAAAUAAUGAUUACAUUGGGGAAGCAUCUAAUGGAGAUGAACACCUUCCUGAAGCAUUGAACGAAGAUCCUGAAUUAAGGAACAAGCUUUCUGAGGAUGAAUUCGACGAACCUGAAGACGAACUAGAUGAACCCGAAGAUGAACUGUAUGAUUGGAUGGAUGAGGAAGAUGAGAUUCAGAGUACUCUAAGCCUUGAGGACGGAACCAGGCUAAAAGUGGAGGCUUGGAAGAAAAACACCGGAGACGGCAAAUAUUUGAUUGGAAUAGAUGCGGAAAGAGUUAUUGUCAAAGAAAUGCGGAAACGGAUUGAAAAUAUGAGAAACCUGUGUUCCCCGCGAAGCUGUGAAGGGAGUAUUUUUGAUUUUUCUACCUCAACAACUCAGAGCUUAUCUCUAGAUCCUGGUUAUAGGGCGAACUCAGGGAUAUAACUUCUAAAAAUGUUUAAUUUAUUUUUCAUAAUUAAUUUUGCUUUUAUUCCCAUAAGGUGUUUGAAUCAAUUUGUGUUAACUACUAACUUUUAGUUGAAAAAAACAUGGGAAAUAAAUGACAAUUUUCAAGACAUGUCUCCGAUUUGGUUUAGUUCGACAGUGGUUCUAUCCGAGCGGGUACAACAUGUACUGCAUAUCCGAGCCGGUACAACACGUACCGUAUAUCCGAGCCAGUACAACACGUACUAUAUAUCCGAGUCGGUACAACAUGUACCGUAUAUCCGAGCCGGUACAACUGUACCAUAUAUCUGAGCCGGUUCAACAUGUACAUUACUUUCCUGGACUCUGGGCAACAAACUGUAUAAUGGCGAUCCUGUACAUUUCAUGUACCCUGGCAAGUUAGAUAGAUAGUAAAAAAAAAAUAAUAUAAAGAUUAGCUAUACAUACAUCUUCAGCUUUUUUAUACUGAACAUAAAUAUUGAUUAUUUUUUGGUAAAUUUUGUUUAAAUUUUAUAAAUUGAAAUUGGAAGAAAAAAUGCCGUUAGAUACACAUCAGUUCAAAAACAAUAGCCUAU